AGGGCUCAAGCACAAGAUGAAGCGGUCGUGAAAAAUCGCCCCGCGGUUGGAGCGCUCCACUGAGGGGUUUCUGCCUCCGCCGCUCCAAUCGCUUCCGCGCCAUGAAGCUGAUCCAGUCCAUGAAGCUGAAGCACGAGGAGGAGGAUGAGACUGCCUGCCAAGCCCGGCCCCGGCCCAGGCAAGGCCAAGCAAGCAGAGAACGCCUUUGCAGCCCUGCCAAAGCUGCGGGAUGAGCUGGCGACGGAACGACCCGAGCUGUUCAGGCUAAAGCUUCAGGCCUGCUGCACGACCUUCGACUUCGGCUCAGAGACCAACUUGAAGGCGAAGGAAGCGAAGCGGCAGACGCUCAUUGAGCUGGUGGAGUAUGUCAAUAGCCGCGCCGCCUUCCAGGACACGCUGAUCCCGGACAUCAUCAAGAUGGUGGGCGCCAACAUCUUCCGCGCGCUCCAGCCCAAGGACCGCACCUUCAUUUCCCUGUCGGAUCCAGAUGAGGAGGAGCCGAACAUGGAGCGGGCCUGGCCCCAUUUGCAGAUUGUCUACGAGUUCUUCCUGCGGUUCGUGGUGUCCAAUGAAGUUGACCCCAAGGUUGCAAAAGUCUCCUUGAACACGGACUUCAUAAUGCAGAUGCUAGAGCUCUUCGAUUCAGAUGAUCCCCGCGAGCGGGACUACUUGAAGAUGAUCUUGCACAGAAUCUACGGCAAGUUCAUGACACUGCGAGCCCCAAUUCGCAGAGCAAUCCAGAAUGCCUUCUACAAGGUCCUGUACGAGAGCGAGAUGUACAACGGCGUAGGUGAGCUCCUGGAAAUCAUGGGCAGCAUCAUCAACGGUUUCGCGUUACCUCUGAAGGAGGAGCACAAGGACUUCCUGAUUCGGGCGCUGAUCCCGCUGCACAAGAUGAAGUUCCUGGCGAGCUUCCACCAGCAGCUGUCCUACUGCAUGUCGCAGUUUGUGAUGAAAGACCCACAGUUGGCCUAUGUCAUCAUCGCUGCGCUGCUGCGGUACUGGCCCGCCACGAUCACGUCCAAGCAGGUGCUCUUCCUCAAUGAGUUGGAGGAGCUUUUGGAGCUCACGAAGCCUCCGGAAUUCAUCCGAUUGCAGGGGCCGCUCUUCCAGCGAAUCGCGCAGUGCAUCAUGUGCCCCCACUUCCAGGUGGCGGAGCGAACGCUCUUCCUUUGGAACAACGACUACAUUGUGCGCCUGAUCACUUCCAGCCGGAAGGCGCUGUUUCCGGUCGUCAUCUCCGCGCUCUAUACCAAUUCCAAGGUGCAUUGGAGCAAUGCCGUGCACGGGCUCACCUUCAACGUGCUGAAGUUGUUGAUGCAGGCGGAUCCGCAGCUUUUCGACGAGUGCUCAGCCAACCACAAGGAAGCCUACGAGGAAGAGGAGAGGUUGGAAGUGGUACGACAGCAGAGAUGGGCAACUCUCAAGGAGCUUCAUGCGAAGCGCCGCCCGUAGGUUGCUCACUGAGCUGGCGCGGGUGCGGGCCAGCUAAAACACUAAGCAAAGGGGACGGGGGAAGACUUGUUGGGGUCUUUGGAGCGGUGGUUUACAGGGAGGCCAC